GUACAACGUACGUACGUCUCUCCUUCCUCUACGUCUACUCAGAGAGCAUUCUCCGUCACGACUCUACAGCCACUCUCUCUUUCUCUCUCUCUCUCUGCGCAACGCUCGAGUAAUGGUCUGCUGUUGAACAGCUGCAGUUUCCCGCAGCCAUGCCCGCCCAACUCAAUCCAGACCGGGACUCUCCAACUCAGCCCCUCCUCUGCAUUCAUCUCCAGCCACCGCCGCCGCCACCGCCGCCUCUCCUCCGAUCGCAGUCCAACGCCACCUCCCAGGUUGCCAUCGUCGGCUCCGACGUCUGCCCCAUAGAGAGCCUCGACUACGAGAUAAUUGAGAAUGAGUUCUUCAACCAGGACUGGAGGAGUCUCGGAAAGCUUCAAAUUUUCGAGUAUAUAUACAUGAAAUGGCUGUUGUGUUUUCUGGUUGGGGUGAUUGUCAGCUCGCUUGGGUUCUGCAACAACCUCGCGGUCGAGAAUCUCGCCGGCAUUAAAUUCGUGGUCACUUCCAACAUGAUGUUGGUUAAGAAGUACUGGACAGCCUUUGCUGUAUUUUCGGUUUCUAAUUUUUUCCUGACUCUGUUUGCAUCUAUCGUCACUGCUUUUAUUUCACCAGCCGCUGCUGGUUCAGGCAUACCAGAAGUGAAGGCUUACCUGAAUGGUGUGGAUGCGCCAGGAAUUUUCUCUCCACAAACAUUUGUUGUUAAGAUUUUUGGUAGCAUUUCUGCUGUGUCAGCAUCUCUUCUUGUUGGAAAGGCGGGGCCUAUGGUGCAUACUGGUGCUUGUGUUGCAGCAUUGCUGGGUCAGGGUGGGUCAAAGAAAUAUGGUUUGACUUGGAGAUGGCUGCGCUUUUUCAAGAAUGACCGAGAUCGACGAGAUCUUAUAACCUGUGGAUCAGCUGCUGGAAUAGCUGCUGCUUUCCGUGCUCCAGUUGGUGGAUUGUUGUUUGGUCUUGAAGAAAUGGCAUCUUGGUGGAGAAGUGCCCUUGUAUGGAGAGCUUUUUUCACUACAGCUGUUGUUGCAAUUGUGCUUCGGGCUCUGAUUGAUGUUUGUUUGAGUGGCAAAUGUGGGCUUUUUGGUAAAGGAGGGCUGAUAAUGUUUGAUGUAACCUCAGCUAAUGUUUCGUACCAUCUUAUAGAUGUGCCUCCUGUGCUUUUUCUUGGAGUCAUAGGGGGCAUUUUGGGAAGUCUAUAUAAUGUUCUUCUAGACAAGGUUCUACGAAUUUACAGUAUCAUUAAUGAGAAAGGCCCAGCUUACAAAAUAAUACUUGCCUGCUCCAUAUCCAUUUUCACAUCCUGCCUGUUGUUUGGAUUACCGUGGCUUGCAUCCUGCCGACCCUGCCCAAUUGACACAGCAGAAGCUUGUCCUACUAUAGGCCGGUCUGGUAACUACAAGAAGUUUCAGUGUCCUAAUGGAUACUAUAACGAUCUUGCUAGCCUUAUUUUCAACACUAACGAUGAUGCAAUCAGGAACCUUUUUAGCAAGAACACCGACGCUGAGUUCCAUUACUCAUCAAUUCUCAUAUUCUUUGUCACAUGUUUUUUUCUCAGUAUACUAAGCUAUGGUAUUGUAGCUCCUGCUGGUCUCUUUGUACCUGUUAUUUUAACGGGUGCAUCUUAUGGACGCUUUGUCGGGAUGAUAUUUGGUUCACACUCGAAUCUUAACCAUGGCCUCUUUGCCGUGCUGGGUGCUGCUUCACUUCUUGGUGGAUCUAUGAGGAGGACCGUUUCCUUGAGUGUUAUUAUACUAGAAUUAACCAAUAACUUAUUAUUGCUGCCACUCAUAAUGCUGGUUCUUUUGACUUCCAAGACGGUUGCUGAUGCUUUCAGUGGCAAUAUAUAUGACCUAAUUAUGAAAAUGAAGGGGCUUCCUUACCUUGAAGCUCAUGCUGAGCCGUACAUGAGGCAACUGAUGGUUGGUGAUGUAGUCAUGGGCCCGCUUCAGCUCUUUCAUGGCAUUGAGAAGGUCAGCAAUGUAGUGCAUGUUCUCAAAUCAACAAGGCAUCAUGGGUUUCCGGUGAUUGAUGAAUCUCCGAAUUCUGACUCCCCAUACAUGUUUGGUUUAAUUCUCCGUGCCCAUCUUAUUGCAUUGCUAAAGAAGAAAGCUUUCUUGCCCACUCCAAUGCCAACAGUCAUUUAUGCCUUUGGGCAGCUCUCAGCAGAUGAUUUUGCAAAGAGGGGUUCAGGCAAGAGUGACAGGAUUGAAGACAUUGAAUUGACCGAGGCAGAAAUGGAGAUGUACUUAGACUUGCAUCCAUUUACGAACGCCUCACCUUACACUGUUCUGGAGACAAUGUCACUGGCUAAGGCUCUCAUACUUUUCCGUGAUGUUGGCUUAAGGCACCUGCUGGUGAUACCCAAGAUCUCCAGUAGAUCACCGGUGGUCGGUAUAUUAACCAGGCACGAUUUCAUGCCAGAACAUGUAUUGAGUUUGCACCCUUCGCUGGUAAGGAGCAGGUCUAAAAGAUUAAGAUUCCGGUUUCCUCGGUUCAUUAAAAAUAUUUUAGGCAUCCCAAGUUAGCAUUGGAACUUCCCCUUGAGAAGAACUUUAUAAUUAGUCCUCAGUGAAAUUGUAUCAUUUUCUAGUAUCAAUCCAUGUCUGAAAAGUAUUUAGAGGAGAACAGGCAUGUUAUAUUUAUCCGGCGAAGUUUAAAUGUACCUAAUGAGGUAAGUGAUUGGCUCAUGAUAAUUGAUUUACUGUGACAGAUCUUGCCUUGUGAGAUAUGUAAUACCCCUUGAGGAAUUUGACUUGGAAACAUUUUCUCUAAAAACAAUGAUGUUUUUU